UGUCUAGACAAUAUCUAUUGGCUGUGGAGGUGCCUCUUAAAAUUGUAAUGCUUUUGAGCAUUUGGAGCUUAUGUGCUUUUAGCUAAUUUUGGUUAGAUUUCGCUAUUAAAUAUGGGAAGCUCUCGUUCAUCGCGAAGCCCAUUAAAACGGCACCAUCAUAAAAGCAAGCAUAAAAAGAGAGGAAAAGACCGGGAUAGACGUAAGAAUGGUGUGCAUGGAAGUGAUCGGUCUGAAGAAAAAUAUCGGAAUACUAUUUCUAUAAAUAAAAAAAAUAAAUGCAAGGACUCUAUAAAUCAUGAAUUUGAAAAAGAUGUUCGGGAAACUAGUCAUUCAAAAUAUAGAAAACAGACGUAUAUUGCCAAUAGCUCUAGUGACAGUCAAGAUUCGGAAGAAUAUUGCACUUAUAGGGUUGACAAAAAACGUAAGCGACAAAAAGAAAUUGAAACAAGUCUUGACGAACAAAUCAACAGAACUAAGCGACAAGAAGAUGAAGAGAGGCAGAUAAUUAAAGAUGAGACCAGUAAGCGCAUUGAGCUAUUGGUUAAAAAACGUGUAGAAGAAGAACUAAUAAGGCGUAAGGAUGAAAUUGAAAAAGAAGUAAUGCGUAGAGUAGAAGCCGCCAAAUCUGAAAUGGAGAGGGAGCUGAUGUUCGAAUUGGAAAAACAACGGGAGCAAAUUCGUGAAGAAGCUCGUCAUCGAGAGGAGUUCGAGAAAAAGAAAAGAGAGGAACUGGAAGAUAUAUUUGCUGAAAACAACCGAAGAAUAGAAGAAGCCCAACGGAAAUUGCCCGGAGCUAAGUCGCAAUUUCACCAAGCAACAACUCGACAAAUCGACAUCAGCGAAAUUCAUCAUGGAAGAUAUGAGCCCGAAGCUAAGCCACAAUUUCACCAAGCUCCUAGUGAGAAGCCGGCUCGAAAUGGAGCACGAAUUUUCUGCGGGGAAACGUAAAAAGUCAGUUUUAUGGGCAAAAGUGGUAAACAAAAUGAGUGUAGUUAAUGCGGAUGUUCCAAAAUCGAAGGACCUAAUGCAAAGAAAGUUUUUGAAUUUAUUUGCGACAUACAAACGUAUAAAGAGGCGAAAUGAGCAGACUGGGAGAGAGGCAACAAGCUGGGAGUUUUUUGAAGAGUUCGACGAUGUGUACGGUAGGCGGCAUUCCAUUCAACCGCCAGCCAAAAACCUUCAAGGCUCCUUAAUGGAUAGCGCUGAAGUGUGUGAAGGGAGUGGAGACGAUAAUACUGACUACUCUUCCGAAAGUCAACUCGUAAACGAACGACGAAAGCGUCCAAAGACUGCCGCCAACGAAGCAUUGGAAUUUUUAAAGAAUGAGGCUCUAAAAGAACAAACACGUCAUGAAGAAGUGCUACAAUUCGAAAAAGAAAAAUUGAAUUUUGAAAAAGAAAAAAUAAACGUAAUGAUGAAGUUGCGGGAAACUUUAGAAAAGUUAACCGAAAAGUAAAAAAAAAAAACAAUUUGAAAAAUGUAAACUUGAUCUCUUUUUAUAAUUUUUUAUUACUGUUGUGACCUGAAUGAAAUAAAAUAUCA